AUGCCUGGAGAGGAAAGCCAACCUCUCUUGAACGAACAGCCCCCUACCUCCCCCCGUCAAUCGCAGUCACCGGGAAAACAGAGACUUCUCUCCGCAGACUCUGAUAGUCCCUUUCGACUGACCUCCGAAUCGACUCCUCUCUUGGUCCGUCGCGAUGAUGAUCUCACUGUGUACGGGACUGCCGAGUCCGGAAGUCCCUCUCCGUCAGUACAAGAAGAUGAGUCGUCAGACGGUGACUUGAAGCCGCGGAGGACCAUCUGGUGGCCAGCUUUAUGCAUCUCGUUGACGUUGACGGCGGUCGUGGGCAUCCUUGUUUUCGCCUUUGUGACGCCCGCUGUCGUGAGAGAGUAUGCCGAUAAGGCUGCUGUGUUUACUCCGAGGAAUAUUUCUGUGGAGACAGCGACCGCGGAGGGGUUUCAAACUAGGAUUGAAGGAGAUGUGGUGUUUGAUGCUACCCGCGUGGAGAAGCGGUCAGUGCGGACGCUGGGUCGUCUGGUCACUUGGAUCGGCCGGGAGGUUGAAGCGGACCCGUCAGAUGCUGAGGUAUACCUUCCCGAGUAUGGCAAUGUUCUCGUUGGGACGGCGUCACUUCCCUCGAUCAAACUCAAUGUUCGGAACGGGCACGUCAACCGGGUUGACUUCUUGGCCGAACUUGUCGCAGGCGACGUCCACGGAAUCCGUGCUGUGGGUAUGGACUGGCUAGAGGGACGACUCGGGCAGUUGUCAAUCAAAGGAAAAACCCAACUACAUAUGAAGUCAGGCAUAUGGCGUUUAGGGGAACAUCUCCUUGCCAAAUCUAUUGUCUUGGAAGAGAAGGAUUUCCCAUCCCUUCCGAAAAUCGACAUCCUCAAGUUCAACGUGCAUGACGGAGCUGAAGAACUCUCUGGGGUAGCACGGGCAAUGGAGGUUGAUGUCUCCAUCGCCGCCGAAAUAGCCUCCCCCUUCACGCUUAGGAUUCCCCCAUUGGGGUUUGAGGUCCUGGUCCCGAACUGCUCUCCUGAUGACCCGUAUCUCUCCCUGGCGAGUGUUACAACUGGGGAAUUCCCCAUAAACCCUGGCCAUACGACCCUCGUGGAUGUGAAUGGUGUGAUCAGGGGUCUCUCGGAUGAGCUGGUGAAGACCUGUCCAGGCGAACAGAGUUCUCCCUUGGAUUUACUGGUCAGAAGUUACAUGAAUGGACUCCAGACCACCGUCUAUGUUCGUGGAGCAGAGGAGCCGACGCGAGGUACGCCGGACUGGGUGGUUGAUAUCAUGAAGAGCGUGACGGUGCCGAUGUCGUUCAUGGGACACGCCCUGGACAAUCUGGUCCGGAAUUUCACCAUGUCCGAUGUACACUUCACCAUGCCGGAUCCGUUCGCCGAACCAGACUCGCCAGAAUCCCAACCCGCGAUCUCCGCAUUAGUAAAGGUGCUGGUUGGGGUACCCAAGGAGAUUGAUCUGCACGUUGAUGUCCCCCGUGUUCGUGCUACGGCAGACGUCUUCUACCACGGGGAUAAACUUGGAGUGUUGAAGCUCCCAGAAUGGCAGCCCGCCAAUUCGACCACUGUGCCGGAUGUCGACGGCUCUCCCGCCCUCUUUGUGGAAUUCGCCAUGAAAGAUGCACCCCUGGAGGUGACGGAUGGCGACGUCCUGACAGACGUCAUACAGGCGCUGCUCUUCGAAGGAAAAAGUGUUCAACUCCAUGUGGCCGCGACGGUUGAUGCUGAGAUCGCCACCGGGCUUGGAAAGUUCGCCAUCCGCGGUAUCCCGGCGGAUGGAGAGGUCCCCGUGAAACGAAAAUCUCCAGCCGUUGACGGUGCGAUAGCGUUGGCCGGCGGCUCCAUCGACCUCCUGAAACCACGGGUAGACGCUUUGCAGCUCGGCCCGACCACGGAAUCUUCCCUUGUUCUGCAAACGCGGAUCAACGUUACCAAUCCGACCCCGUACGCAGCGUCAGUGCCCCUGGCCGAUUUCAUUUUGCUCUACAAUUCUACGAGGGUGGCUCAUAUCGUGGCUCGUGAUCUUUCUAUUGUUCCUGGACAGAACUCUGGCCUUUCCGUCGACCUGGAAUGGCGCCCGUUGGACCUAGACGGCCCACGAGGCGUAAGCGCUGGCCGCGAACUGCUAUCACGAUACAUCUCUGGCUCCAACACGUCUGUGACGGUUCAGUGCCACGAACAAACGAUCCCAGGAUUGCCUCAUCUCGGUAAAGCACUGUCUCGAUUGAGCUUUGAAACUCUCAUUCCGAAACUCCCUGUGCGGCGAACGCCUGGUCAUGACUCUGACGACGACAACAUGCGGUUUAUCCAAGAUGCCACGUUCCACCUCCUCUCCUCCACCGCCGAAUUCACCCUAUCCUCCCCCUUCCCCAACACAACCUUCGAAAUCACCUCCAUAGACGCCAAGGCUCUCUACCCCAAGAACGAAAUAGUCGGCCGGAUCGACUACGGCAGUCCGUUCCUCGUACCGCCGGGCUUGUCAAAGAGCCCACGGUUACCGGUGGAGCUCGACGUCGGCGGGAUAGGAUACGACGGUCUGAAGAAAGCUCUAGGCGGAUCACUUCGGCUUGACGCCGUGGCUAGCGUUGGGGUCCGGAUCCAUGAAUUCCGCGAGACGGUCGUGUAUCGUGGUAAGGGGAUUUCUUCGAAUGUGAGGCUUUGA